AUGGUGUCCUGUGCUGUCCUCAUCUUGGGCCCUCUCUGGAUCCAAAGCUUGGCUCAGAGCUGCACGGUGGAGGAGCUGCCCCGAGGGGUGGUGUUGUCCUGGUUCAAGGAGCAGGUUCUGGAGGGCUUGGGACUGGAGGAGCCCCCCAUGGUGCAGGGUCCUGAAGGACACAGACACACCCGGGUCCCCAGGUCCAGCAGAGCAGCGCGGGAGCACCGUCAAACCAAACACCAAGAUUCGUCUCAAAUCAUUCUGUUCCCCACAUCUGGUUCCUCCUGUGCCCAGUCAGAGAUGAGAAAAAGCACCAACAGUUGCUUCACGCUCCACUUCCAACCCUCCAUCAGCCUCCGACACUUUACCAUCACCUCUGCUCAGUUGUGGUUCUUCUCAGGGGAAGGAGUGAACUCUUCCUCCCUGCUCCUCACCCUCACCUCUGAACAGCAGCACUUCCUGGCUCCAACUGAGUCCAGCUCUGAUGGAUGGAGCACCUACAGUCUGGUCCAAAGCUCUCUGACCUCUGUGGCUGACGGGCCGUUCUUGUUCUGGAUCUGCUGCCGGCGUCCGUGCCAAACAACCCAUCCAGACAAGACUCCCUUCUUGCACAUCCACGUCAAGCCCAGAAGCCCGGUCCGUUCCCCCCGAAACGCAGCCCCGACUAUCCCCUGGUCCCCCUCAGCCAUCUACCUCCUGCAACGGCCCUCAGAAGAGAGGCCCCAGCAGGAUGACUGCCGCAGAGAGGAGAUCCAGAUCAGCUUUGAGGAGCUGGGCUGGGACAACUGGGUGGUGCACCCCAAGGCGCUGACCUUCUACUACUGCCAUGGGAACUGCUCGGCUCAGGACCGGACAACUGCCGCACUGGGGAUCUCCCAGUGCUGCGCUCCAGCCCCGGGGACCAUGAGGUCCCUGAGGAUCACCACAACGUCUGAUGGUGGGUACUCGUUCAAGCACGAGACCCUGCCCAACAUCAUGCCUGAAGAGUGCACCUGCAUCUGA